AUGGCGAGCAUCUUCUGGGGCGGCGCCCAGGCCGACGAGGUGGCCGACUUCGACGAGCACGACCCCACCCCCUACGGCGGCGGCUAUGACAUCACCCUCACCUUCGGCCGCGCCCUCCCGCCCUCCGACGAGAUUUGCUACCCCAUCUCCACCGCCUCCACCUCGUCGUCAUCGUAUGAGAGCCACGGCGCGGCCGAGCAGCACCGCAGGAGGCCGCAGGACCAGGACAGCCACGGCUCCGCGGGGUACGGGAGGAGGCCGGAGGAGUCACACGGCUCCGCUGCUGGUUACGGGCACGGGAGGAAGGCUCACGACGACGACGACGACGACGGUGGUGCGUACCGGAAGCCGAAGCCUCAGGACGACGACGACGACGACGAGAGGCGGUCGCGGUACAAAAAGCGCGACGACGACGACGAUGAUGAGAGGAAGCCGCGGUACAAGAAGCACGACGACGACGAUGAUGACCACGAGAGGAGGCCGCGGUACAAGAAACGUGACGACGACGACGAUGAUGACGAUGACAGAAAGCCACGUUACAAGAAGCGCUACGACGACGACGACGAUGAUGAUAGGAAGCCACGUUACAAGAAGCACGAUGAUGAUGAUGACGACGACGAUGAUAGGAAGCAGCGUCGCGGGAACAACCGCCGCCGCCACGAUGACGAUGACUGA